AUGAGUAAUCCCUUUGACAUUGAUCCAGAUCAAGUGAAGCUUCCGCACAAGGCCAACACCCCAUCACUAAAGUUUUGUUCAAAAUCUAUCGAAGAAACAGCAUCGGAGCUAGCUACCGAUCUAAAGCUAGGGUUAAGUAACAAUCAAGAUGUGUUGAAUCGUAGAUCGAUAUAUGGGGCAAACGAAUUGAAUAGUGAUGAUGAUGAUAGUUUAGUAUGGAAGUUUAUCUCAUCGUUUUAUCAAGAUCCAUUGAUAUUGUUGUUGAUUGGGUCGGCGAUCAUUAGUUUUUGGAUGGGGAAUAGAGACGAUGCCAUUAGCAUAACAUUAGCAAUCACGAUUGUUGUCACUGUGGGGUUCGUUCAGGAGUAUAGAUCGGAGAAGUCAUUGGAGGCGUUGAAUAAAUUGGUUCCAGCAGAGGCCAAUUUGACAAGAAAUGGUAAUACGUCACAUGUGCUAGCAUCAACGGUUGUUCCAGGAGAUUUGGUUCAUUUUUCACAAGGUGAUAGAAUACCGGCGGAUGUUAGAUUGACAGAGGCUGUGUAUUUGAGUAUUGAUGAGAGUAACUUGACAGGGGAAAAUAGACCAGUGAAGAAGACCACUGACGAAGUGACCAUGAGAGAUCCACCUGUGAAUGAAAGAACAGAUAUUGCUUUUAUGGGUACAUUGGUGAGAGAUGGCCAUGGAAGUGGUAUCGUUGUUGGUGUAGGAGCACAAACCGUGUUUGGUACCGUAUUUGAAAUGAUGAGCGAAAUCGAAAAGCCAAAAACACCCUUACAACAAGCAAUGGACAAAUUGGGUAAAGAUUUGAGUAUCUUUAGUUUCAUCGUCAUUGGUGUCAUCUGCCUAAUUGGAAUUUUCCAGGGUAGAUCCUGGCUUGAUAUGUUUCAGAUUUCAGUAUCCUUGGCCGUGGCGGCGAUUCCUGAAGGUCUACCUAUUAUCGUUACAGUUACAUUAGCAUUGGGAGUAUUGCGAAUGGCAAAACAAAAGGCUAUAGUCAAGAGAUUGCCAAGUGUUGAGACAUUGGGUUCGGUUAAUGUUAUUUGCUCAGACAAAACGGGUACUUUAACUCAGAACCAUAUGACAGUGACUAAAAUAUGGACUGCUGAUUUCAAAGGUAGUUUCAAUACCCCAUUCCUUGUUGUUGAAAGACUCGAUGAUAAUGCUUUGCACCACCAAUUGACAGAUAAUAUGAGAAAAGUGUUGGAGUGUGGUAAUAUAUGUAAUAAUGCGCGAUAUUCGACUGAAAGUGAAAAAUAUGUUGGAAAUGCCAGUGACAUUGCUUUACUUGAAUGUUUACCCCACUUUGGACUUGAAGAUAUUCGUGGGCAAAGGGAAAGGGUGUAUGAAUUACCUUUUUCAUCUGCAAAGAAAUAUAUGGCUGUUUGUGUGCAUAGAGGGGAUAUGGAUAAACCAGAGACGUUGGCAAAAGGAGCGACUGAGAAGAUCUUGGCUCAUUGUACAAAAUAUUAUGACGAACAUGGCCAAGCAAAACCAAUUACCGGUGCAAUCAAGGAACUUAUUCAUGAAAAAUCUAAACUGUUGGCUCAUGAUGGAUUGAGAGUUUUGGCAUUUGCUCAAAAUAACAAGAAGUAUAUCAAUGAAAAGGAUGAACAUAGUGAACCUGAAGAAUUGGUUUUUUGUGGAUUGAUUGGUAUGAAAGAUCCCCCAAGGCCAAAUGUAGGUAGAUCCAUCUCCAUGUUGAUGAAAGGCGGUGUUCAUGUUAUUAUGAUUACUGGAGACUCUCCAUCAACUGCAGUCAACAUUGCCAAACAAAUUGGAAUGCCUAUAACUGGAGAUCGUUCAGUAAUGACGGGAGAUCAAAUUGACCAACUCAAAGAAGGAACGCUAAGUGAAGCUAUUCACAAUGUGUCUGUUUUCGCAAGAACAACACCUGAACAUAAAGUCAAAAUCGUUAAGGCGUUGCAGCGAAGAGGCGACAUUGUUGCUAUGACAGGUGACGGUGUCAAUGAUGCACCAGCAUUGAAACUAGCUGAUAUUGGUAUUGCUAUGGGUAAAAAUGGGACCGAUGUUGCCAAGGAGGCAGCAGAUAUGGUGUUAACUGAUGAUGAUUUUAGUACUAUAUUGAGUGCCAUUGAAGAAGGUAAAGGAAUAUUCAACAAUAUUCAAAAUUUCAUCACUUUUCAAUUGAGUACUAGUAUUGCGGCAUUGACAUUGAUCGCCUUAAGUACAUUCUUUGGAUUGCCUAAUCCGUUAAACGCCAUGCAAAUUCUAUGGAUUAAUAUUUUGAUGGAUGGUCCACCAGCUCAAUCGUUGGGAGUGGAGCCAGUUGAUCAUGAAGUUAUGAAUAAACCACCAAGAAAGAGGAAUGAUAAAAUUCUCACCACACAUUUAAUCAAACGGGUGUUGCAAUCGGCCACAAUCAUCAUUCUUGGCACAUUAUACAUUUUCGUUAAAGAAAUGAAGGAUGAACAAAUCACCGCUAGGGACACAACAAUGACAUUCACUUGUUUUGUAUUAUUUGACAUGUUUAAUGCAUUAUCAUGUCGUCAUUACUCCAAAUCGAUAUUUGAAAUGGGAUUGCACAAUCAAAUGUUUAAUUUUGCUGUUUUGGGGUCAUUAAUCGGACAACUUUGUGCUGUUUAUGUACCUUUUUUCCAAGGUAUUUUCCAAACUGAAGCUCUCAGCUUGGGGGAUAUUUUGCAUUUGUUGAUGUUGACGAGUACGGUAUUCAUUGCAGAUGAAGUUAGGAAAUUUUUCGUUAGAAGGAGAACAAUUACUACUAAUAAUUACAAUUAUGGUGUAUAG